UUUCAGUUGGACAUGCCAGCUGAAGCAUUCCUCAAUGUUAAGAUGUUCUCCAGUCAGAGAAAGAUCAGAGACAUUCUUCAUAGCAAUGGCUUUCAGGUGUCAGAGACCAGCCUGGGACAGCUGCAUUUGCAGGGAACCUUUCUUAACUUAAAACGCAUCCAUCCCAAACUCAUGCAUCUUCUGGCUCAAGAAAUCCACCCUCAAAGAAGAACACCUUCGCAAUACUCUAAUGGCUACUCGUCUGACUCUGUUUUAAGAGCUGGCUCCAGUGAUUAUGAAUCUAGAUCUCAUUUCUCAUCGAGGCACAGUCACAACAAUGGCCACUCAGUGUAUGCUGCGGGCAGAAACCCAUCUUCUGGAAUAAACUCAAGAUCCCCAGAGUCCCCAGACAGGCAGGCACUCAUGCAGGCUGCCUCUCCACUGGAUGUUAGUUCAAGCGCGGAAAGUUCCUUCAGCAGUCCCACCAGGAGCUAUGAGGAUUCCAGCACGAGCAUUCGGCAGCGGAAUCUCUCAUCUCCCAAACGGAAAAUGGAGGAUUCCUUUCAUGUGGAACCAGAUGUGUUUAAAUACGUAAUGCAUUUUAAGGAAUCGUUUAUUGAACAAAUACAAUCAGAUUACCACACUAAGAUUUAUCAUGAAGACGAUUCAGGGGUUGUUAAGGUUAAAGUCUUGGGAGGAGCCUGUGAGGAAGCAGCUAAA